UCCUACCACGCUGUGCGUGUUUUCGAGUUCGGCAAUGUCCACGGCCUAGCGAAUAGCGAUCCCGGGGAGCUCGAGUCGACGAGCAGGAGAGGAGGGGCAGAGUCGCGGGUGGCGAGAGGAGGAGCAGCAGCGGAGCCGCCAUGUCGGUGCAAGAGUACCUGGAGAAGCACCUGCUCUCGCGCAAGAUCGAGGAGGCCGUGAACGCGGCGGUCCGCGCGAAGGCCCCCGACCCGGUGCUCUCCAUUUCCAACCACAUGCGCCGGGCGGCGCCGGCCGUGAUCACGAGCGUCCGUGCGCGCCAGAUCCUCGACGGCCGCGGGGAGACCGCCGUGGAGGUCAGCCUGCACACCAAUAAGGCCGUGCACCGCGCCUCCGCGGCCUCCGCGGACGCCCCCGAGGGCACCGCCUCCGAGGCCGCAAGGGACGCCGAGAAGCGGAAGCUGCUCGCCAGGGCAGUCGCCGACGCGGUGCGGGUGAUCAACGACAAGGUGUCAGAGGCUCUUGUGGGGAUGGAUCCGCAGCAACAAUCGCAGAUCGACCAGGCCAUCAUGGACUUGGACAAGGCGCAUCACAAGGCUGAGAUUGGAGUGAAUGCUAUGUUGGCUGUAUCAAUUGCAGCUUGUAAAGCCGGUGCUGCUGAAAAAGAGGUUCCAUUGUACAAGCAUAUAGCAGAACUUGUUGGAAAAAGCGCUACAACACUUCCUGUUCCUGUGAUUACAGUUAUUAAUGGAGGAACACAUGCUGGAAAUAGUCUUCCUAUUCAAGAAAUUAUGAUCCUUCCCGUUGGUGCCAAAAACUUUGAAGAAGCAAUGCAGAUGGGUUCCGAGACAUAUCAUCAUCUGAAGGAUAUCAUCUUGGAGAAAUAUGGCUCAAACAGCUGCAACAUAGGUGAUGAUGGUGGAUUUGCUCCAAAUAUUUCCAGCAUAUCUGAAGGCUUGGAUCUUGUCAUUGAGGCAAUAAAUAGAGCUGGAUAUAAUGGAAGGAUCAAGCUAGCAAUUGAUGUUGCCGCAACUGAUUUUUGCAUAGGAAAGAAGUAUGAUCUGGAGUUCAAGUUUGCAGAGAAAUCAGGGCAGGGCUUCAAAACUGCAGAUGAUUUGAUUGAGAUUUAUAGCCAGCUUUGUUCAGAGUACCCACUUGUCUCAAUUGAACAGCCUUUUGACAAAGAUGACUGGGAGCAUUCGAAAAAAUUUACCACCCUAGAGCUAUGCCAGGUUGUAGGAGAUGACUUAUUGAUGUCAGAUCCCGAACGCAUUAAGCGGGCUGUAAAUGAGUAUACUUGCAAUGCUCUUGUUCUCAAGGCUAAUCAAGUUGGCACUGUAACGGAAGCCAUGGAGGUUGUAAGACAGGCAAAGGAUGCUCAUUGGGGUGUGAUGGUGUCACAUAGGUCUGGGGACACUGACGAUUCCUUCAUUGCUGACCUGGCCGUUGGUGCUGCAGCUGGACAAAUCAAAGCUGGUGCCCCUUGCCGUGGAGAAUGUCUCAGUAAAUACAAUCAGCUGCUUAGAAUAGAGGAAGAACUUGGAAGUGACGGUGUUUAUGCAGGGGAGAAUUGGAGAACCGCCGCAAGCACAAGCUGACUUGUAGCGUAGGGUACAUGAGGCGCAGGUUCCAUUUUGAUCUGCCUUCAUACGUUGAGCUUUCCACAGUUGGUUUGCUCAACAGUGUUUUGUUCUGGUUCAGCAACAAGUUGCAGGUCGGCCAAAGAAAUUGGUGGAACACUUUCUUGUACUAUUGGGCACCACAUUGUUGUCUUGGGUGUAGUGGAUGAACUUGUCGAGCGUUUUCCUAUCUUGUGAUGUUUAACUGCGAUUUUAUUUCUUUGUGGUAAGUAUGGAUGAGAGUAAAUGAAUUCAGAAAGAGAUUAUAAGAAAUAGAGAUUUUCCUCUUCAUUAAUUUAUCGCAUAACUUUCUGUAAAUCUAGCGUUUUUUAUAGUACAAGGUGAACACAAUCAAACACACAA